AUGGAUCAACUAGUAAAGAAACAAGUUGACAUAAAAAAAGCUAUACAGUCUCUGAAGUUGGAAUACGAUCGACUUGCAGAGGAAAGGAAGACAUCCAAGUUGGUUAGAGAAAAACAAACGAAAUUAGACAAAUUGUGGCAGGAAUUUGAGAUGAAUGAUGAAUCAAUCAGAACAAAACACGGAAAAGAAAUAGAUCAUGAUUACUUCACCAAAGAUCUAUACAACGCAUUAUCAUUAAAAGUUGAUGUAGCAAACAAUGAGCCGAAAGAGAACAGAACAAGAGACGAAGUCUUGGAUAUAGAAGAGGAUAUAUCGGAAGACUUGAAAAUCGUCAUUAAAAAGUGUCAGAGAAGCAAAUUCGCGUUAAACAAGUUAUUAAACGAAAUAACAAUUAAUAACCAAUCAAAACCCUAUUAUGAGAUGAAAAUCCAACAAAUUCAAAGCAAACUGAAGGUUUACCAAGAUAAAGAUUCAGAUGUAUGUAGCAGGAUUGACGUUCCUGAAAGAUUAGGGUAUGAUCCUGAUGAAUUUUUUGCAGAUGAGAAUGAAGCCAUGAAUCUUAUUCAAAAUCUGAGAGAGCAAUUAGACAAGAUGAAGAUGACGGAGCAAACUGAGAAACCUUUAGAUAACAUAAAAGGAAAAUUACCUGCCAUCACACUUCCAAAAUUUGAUGGAGAAUACACAAAGUGGAUACAGUUCAGAGACUUAUUCACACAAAUUAUAGACGUGCAAGCAAUUCCACAAGUAGAAAAAAUGUGGUAUCUUAAGACAAAUCUAAUAGGUGAAGCAGAGAAGUUAAUUAGACAUCUACCUAUUUCUGACCAAAACUACAAUAUAGCAUGGAAGAUAUUGACUGAAAGAUAUGAUAAUAAACGUUUAUUAGUAUCAAGUAUCAUUGACAAAUUUUUAAAUCAACCAAGUUUAACUCCUGGUUCAUCGAAAUCAAUCAAACAGAUGUUCGACACAACAAAUGAAUGUGUUCUUUCAUUAGAGAAUUCGGGAUUUAAUGUUGUCGGCAGCUGGGAUCCUAUAUUACUACAAAUCAUUUACAAAAAACUAGACAGAGAGACAUAUUCAUUGUAUGAGCUAUCAUUGAAGCAACCGAAAGAAAUUCAAUCAUUGGAAAAGUUCCUAAACUUCAUCGAAAAGAGAUUUCAAUCGCUCGAGGCCUUUGGAAAUAAGCAAAUUCAAUCAAGUACUUCAAGAAUAAAAUCAAUUCCUAAUUACCAGGCAGCUACAUUUUCAGCAAGUAGUUCAAUUAAAUGUGCCGUGUGUAAUAACGGGCAUUUCAUAUUCAGUUGUCCAGAGCUAAUAAAGAUGACGACACAGAACAGAGAAGCAAAGAUCAGGGCAUUAAAAUUAUGUAUAAAUUGUUUGCGGCCUGGUCAUAUUCAAAAAUCGUGCGUAUCAAGAAAAUGCAAAAAGUGUAACCAAAGGCAUCAUACAUUGUUGCAUCAGGAGAAAGAAACUUCUUCAAAAAGUAAUCAACCAGUCAAUGAAAAAAGAGAUGUAACAGCUAGUGUUCAUAUGGGAUCAAAUAAAAAUGAAGCAGAGAGCUAUGUGUUCUUAGGAACAGCUUUGGUCACGGUACGUGGACCAAACAAGAGAACGAUAGAUUGCCGUGUUUUAAUGGAUUCAGGUUCUCAAUUAAACUUCAUCUCAGAAAGAUUACAAAAGCAGUUAAAAUUGGACACACGAAGUGUUGAAAUUGACAUUAAUGGAAUUGGUAAUGUUGGUUUCAUUCCUACAACUGAUAGAGUCAACGUAACUAUUGAAUCAAAAGUAAGAGAUUUUAAUAUAAAUAUUGAUGCUCAAGUCAUCAAAGAGAUCACCAAGUGUCAACCUCAAAGACUGAUCAACAUCGACUCUUGGAAUAUUCCAGAAAAUCUCACGUUAUCUGAUCCUAAUUUUAACAAACCACAACGUAUUGAUAUGUUAUUAGGAGCAGAGGUAUAUGGUGACUUAAUAAGAUCAGGAAAAGUUAAAUUAAAAGAUAAUCUGCCAACAUUGCAUGAAACUGUAUUCGGGUGGAUGAUCCUCGGAAAAGCAUCAAAUAAAGAAAGCUACACAGCAUUAACAACAACAAAUUUAUCAAAUCAGCAAUUAUCAAAUGAAUUAGAGAAGUUUUGGGAAUGUGAAGAAAUACUAGAACACAAACCUCUCAGCAAAGUGGAGAUGGAAUGCGAAGAAUUCUUCAAGGUAAAACAUAAACGAGAUAAAUCUGGGAGAUUUAUAGUCAAGUUACCUAUAUUGAGCUGUCCGAAUUUACUUGGAGAAUCAAAACACAUCGCUUUUCGAAGAUUCCUGAAUCUUGAAAGAAAAUUAUCUAAAGAUGCAAUUUUAAAAAGUGAAUAUACAAGUUUUUUAAGAGAAUACUUGGAAUUGGGUCAUAUGACAGAAAUAGAAUUGGAAGAUAUACCACGUACACACUAUUUUAUGCCGCACCACGGGGUUAUUCGUGAAUCAAGCAGCUCAACAAAACUAAGAGUGGUUUUCGAUGCGUCAUGUAAAACUACAUCCGGAGUAUCGUUAAAUGACAUCAUGAUGAAAGGACCAAAAGUUCAGAGUGAUCUGUUCAACAUUCUAUUAAGAUUUAGAAUGUAUAAAUAUGUCGUUACAGCAGACAUCAAGCAAAUGUAUCGACAAAUAAUGGUAGCAGACGAAGAUAGAAAAUUGCAGAUGAUCAUGUGGCGUUCGAAACCCCAAAAUAAAAUUAAGUAUUAUCAAUUGAACACAGUCACAUAUGGUACAAGAUCGGCACCUUAUUUAGCUACAAGAUGUUUAACACAAUUAUCAAUCGAUGAAAAAUUGAGAUAUCCUGUAGCAGCGAAAGCUGUCAGAGACUUCUAUGUAGAUGACAUUAUUUCUGGCAGUGACACUAUGACUGCCCAAUUAAAAUUACAUAAAUGGGGAUGUAAUGAUCCACGAUUAUUAUCAGAUAUACCAGAAGCAGACAGGGAAAAGGAGAAGGUGUUUAAAAAUGAUAAUGAAGGUUAUAUCAAAACUCUUGGUUUAUGUUGGCAACCUUCACAAGAUGUCUUUUCUUUUAUCACAGCAUGGCCAGAUAUAGAUGAAAAAGUUACAAAGAGAAAAAUAAUAUCAGAGGUUUCUCGACUAUUUGAUCCUCUAGGUUUAGUAAACCCUGUCAUAGUUGUUGUAAAAAUAUUCAUUCAGAAACUUUGGAAAUUGAAACAUGAUUGGGAUGAUGAACUAGAAAAUAAUUUAAAAACUGAAUGGAUAGAGUUUCGUCAAGAUUUAAGUAACUUUACUAGUGUAAAAAUCUCACGUUAUAUGUUCAUCAGCCAAAAAGAGGUUUCGAGGACAGAGUUGCAUGUUUUCAGCGAUGCCAGUGAACGAGCAUUUGGAGCAGCGGCAUAUAUAAGAUCCAUAGAUAGCGACAACAAUAUUAAAUGCAAACUACUAUGUUCAAAAUCAAAAGUAGCACCAAUUAAAUUCAUAACACUUCCAAGAUUGGAACUUUGUGCUGCCCAUUUAGCGUCAAAACUUAUGUCAAAGGUUCAGCAGAGUCUAAACUACAAAUUUGAUGAAAUGUAUCUAUGGAGUGAUUCACAGAUAGUACUAUCUUGGAUCAAUGGUGAUCCUUCUGUUUUAAAAACCUUUGUAGCUCAUCGGGUAUCCUUAAUACAUAAAACAUCAUCAGCAGGACAAUGGAAUUAUGUGAACACCAAAAGUAAUCCUGCUGAUUUGCUCUCUAGAGGAAUGUCGCCAGAUAAGCUUAACAGUUCAGAACUUUGGUUUCUGGGUCCACCAUUUCUAAAAUUACCAGAACAUGAGUGGCCGGAUAGAAGAGUAAAUCAUAUGAGGCUUCAAGAAGAAGAAAAGAAAACUUCUUUAGUUUUGAAUUGUGACGAAAUAAGAACAAAUCAUCCUCUUCAUGAAAUUAAUCACCGUAAUUCAUUUGCAUAUUUACUCAGAGUUAUGGCAUACAUCUUAAGAUUUAUUAAUAAAACUAAGAAAAAUAAUAAUGAUCAACUCAACGACACCUCUUUAUCAACCACAGAAAUUAACCAAGCAAUGAAUGAAAUAAUAAAAGAAAUCCAACGAAUACAUUUUUCAACAGAAAUACGACAAUUGGAGAAAGAAUUCUCAGUACCAAAACAUAGCAAAAUAGUUUCAUUAUCACCAUUUUUGGAUUUAAAAGGUAUCCUUAGGGUUGGCGGAAGAUUAGACAACGCAGACAUCUCUUACAAUGCCAAGUAUCCUAUACUACUUCCAGGUACAGAUUUCGUAUCGAAAUUACUUAUGAUACAUUUACACGAAAAGAAUUUACAUGCCGGACCAUUAGCAUUACUUUCAAUUUCCAGGCAGAAAUUUUGGAUAAUAAAUGGCAGAGCAUUGGCAAGAACAACGGUGAAUAAUUGUGUCAACUGUGCAAAAGCCCAGCCUCAGUUACUACAACAAUUGAUGGGAAGCCUACCAGCAGAAAGAGUCUUACCGGCAAGAGCAUUUUUAAAUACUGGUGUUGAUUUCUGUGGUCCUAUAUGGACACACUAUCAUGUUAGAGGGAAAAGACCUCAUAAAUCUUAUAUAGCCGUAUUCUGCUGCUUUACUACAAAGGCAAUCCAUUUAGAAGCAGUAUCAGAUCUUACAACAGAAGCAUUCUUAGGCGCACUCAAAAGGUUCAUUGGAAGAAGAGGAGUAUGCAAAAAUAUUUUCUGCGACAAUGCAACUAAUUUUGUGGGUGCAAAAAACAAGUUGGAAGAAGUUAAAAAGAUAUUUGAACAACAGGAAAAUAAAGAAAAAAUAAUAAAAACUUGCAGUAACAACGGCAUCCAGUUUAACUUUUCUCCCCCACGUUCUCCUCAUUUUGGUGGUCUGUGGGAAGCUGCUGUUAAAUCAACGAAGAAAUUAUUACGACAAACAUUAAAAUCCGCAUCAUUGACAUAUGAAGAAUUAUCUACUGUGUUAGCAGAAGCUGAAGCAGUCUUGAAUUCAAGACCACUUACUCCACUAUCUUCCAGUCCAAAUGAUUAUUGUGCUCUUACACCAGGGCAUUUUUUGAUAGGGGAACCGUUGACAGCAAUCCCAGAAACAGAACAAAAUGAUAAAAAAUUAACAUUAUUAUCAAGAUGGAAGUUGGUUUCAGCCAUUCGUCAGGAAUUUUGGAAAAGAUGGAACAAAGAAUAUUUAACACAAUUGCAACAAAGAUACCAAUGGAACAAAUCUUCUAAGAACAUUAGUAAAGAAAUGAUGGUUAUUAUAAAAGAUGAAAAUCAUCCUCCUUUAAAGUGGCGUAUGGGAAGAAUAGAAGACGUCUGCAAAGGUCCAGAUGGAUUCGUUAGAGUAGUCAAAGUCAGAACGGCGAAUGGAAUUUUAGAACGUGCUAUACAUAACUUAGCUCCAUUGCCAAUAGAGACAGAUAAUGAAAAUACUUCAGCAGUUAAUGGUACAUCAGCAAAAAGAACUGCUGAAAAAAGGCAUAACACUUCACCAAAAAGAAUUAGAUACGAUCAACCUUUCAGUACUGUCGAUCAUCGUUACACAAGUCUGCUGACCCAGAAAUUUGAGCAUCAAUUACAUGAGAUAAAUGAAACAAAUCAAUUGUUAUUUUCAAGACAGUCAUUCUCUAACAAGAAAAAGCGAGGUCUUUUAAAUAUAGUAGGGAAUGUAGCGAAUGUAUUGUUUGGAGUAUUAGAUGAUGAGUAUGCGAAGAACAUUGAAGGCACUAUAGAAGCUGUAAAACAUGAUCAUGAUCAUUUACUACAAUUGAUGAAAGAACAAACCUCUGUCAUUGAAGCUACUAAUCAUUUAAUAAAAGAAUCUCACGAACAAUCGUUAAUCAAUUUCAAAAGAAUGCAAACAGAAUUAAAUGGCGUAAUUAUGAACGUGAACCAAAUAACCAGCUACAUGCAAAAAUAUAACUUAACACAAUCAGUAUUAUUCUUCUCUCAAUAUCUUCAUGUAACAAUAAACGAAUUCCGAAGAAUGCAAAAUAAAAUGGUUGACAUUAUCACAGAUCUACAUGAAGGGAGAGUCAACCCAUUAAUACUAGCACCAAAACAACUAUCAGAGCAUUUAGAAUUCUUAAGGCCACAACUUGAAUCAAAUAUAAUGUUACCAAAACUGGCAGAAAUAUAUGGUUUAAGUUCUGCAAAAUGUAAAAUUAACAACAAAUAUGCAGUUUUCAGUUUGAAAGUACCAUUAUUAUCAAUAUCAGAAUAUGAUGUUCUACAUUUAGUACCAUUUCCAGUGAAAUUAAAUAACGUAUACAUGAGAAUAGAACCUACAACAGAAUAUAUAAUCAUUAACAAACAUAGAGACAUCAUUUAUACAUUGUCAAGAGUAGACUUCAAAGCUUGUAUUUAUACAGAAAAUAAAAAUUUUAUCUGUCGCAGAGAAAGACCGUUUUUCACAAAAAAUGCUCAAAAUCUUCAAUUCCAUCAAAAACAUGGAUCCAAUUAUAUCAGCCGAACACGUGGUUGUUUUCAUUAA